GAGAUGCCACAGAGGCAGGUACCUGCCUGGGUCUCCCACUCUCUGCCAGACCCGUGCCAAGCAGAAGAUGACAGGCACUUGGCCCCCUGUGCCUUAAAGGAUGGGCUGUCUCCAUGCCACCUGUUGACAGUGAGGGUCAUCCGGAUGAAAAAUGUCCGGCGGGCUGAUUUGGUGAGCCAGACAGACUGCUUUGUAAGCCUCUGGCUGCCUACCGCCUCUCAGGAAAAGCUGAGGACGAGGACCAUAUCCAACUGCCCAAACCCAGAGUGGAAUGAAACCUUCAACUUCCAGAUCCAGACCCAAGUGAAGAAUGUGCUAGAGCUGAGCGUCUGUGAUGAAGAUACAGUGACACCAGAUGAUCAUCUCUUGACAGUUCUCUAUGACCUUGCCAAGCUCUGCUUCCGCAAGAAAACCCAUGUGAAGUUCCCACUCAACCCGGAGGGCAUGGAAGAGCUGGAGGUGGAGUUCCUGUUGGCAGAGAGCCUUUCUCCACCUGAGACCCUCAUCACCAAUGGCGUGCUGGUGUCUCGACAAGUCUCCUGCCUGGAGGUUCAUGCAGAAUCUAGGAGGAGGAGGAAGAGUAAGAAAAGCCUCCUGGUGAAGGUGACGGAAUCCUUCGAGAACACCCAGCGCAUUUCGUCCUGCCAGGAGCCCACCUGCCCAAACUCUGCCUGCUUUCACUACCCCAAGUAUUUCCAGCCCCAGCUGCACGUGGAGGUGCCCAAGAGUCACUGGAAUUGUGGGCUUUGCUGCUGCUGCACACACAAGAAUGGUCCUGUCUGCCAGCCCCUUGAUUGCUUUUCUGACGGCCAGGCGGUGACCCUGCCUUUGGGCGAGAACUGUGAAUUACACAUGAAGUCCACACCUUGCCCUGACACACUGGAUGUGCGGCUGGGCUUCAGCCUGUGCCAGGAAGAGUUGGAGUUUCUGCAAAAGCGGAAGGUGGUUGUGGCCGAGGCACUGAAGCAGGUGCUGCAGCUAGAGGAGGACCUGCUGGAGGACGAGGUACCGGUGAUAGCCAUCAUGGCCACUGGGGGUGGAGCCAGAUCCAUGACCUCCAUGUAUGGCCACCUGCUGGGACUGCAGAAGUUGAACCUCCUGAACUGUGCCACUUACAUCACCGGCCUGUCUGGGGCCACCUGGACAAUGGCUACUUUGUACCGUGAUCCUGAGUGGUCCUCCAAAAACCUGGAGCCUGCUGUCUUCGAAGCCCGGAGACAUGCAGUCAAAGACAAGAUGCCUUCCCUGUUCCCAGACCAGCUCUGCAGAUUCCAGGAGGAACUCCGGCAGCGCAGCCAGGAAGGCUACAGGGUCACUUUUACAGACUUCUGGGGCCUGCUGAUUGAGGCCUGUCUUGGGGACGAGAGAAAUGAAUGCAAACUGUCAGAGCAGCGUGCUGCUUUGUGCCGGGGCCAGAAUCCCCUGCCUAUCUACCUCACCAUCAAUGUCAAGGAUGAUGUAAGCAACCAGGAUUUCAGAGAAUGGUUCGAGUUCUCCCCCUACGAGGUGGGCCUGCAGAAGUACGGGGCCUUCAUCCCCACGGAGCUCUUUGGCUCAGAGUUCUUUAUGGGGCGGCUGAUGAAGAGGAUCCCUGAGUCGCGGAUGUGCUACAUGCUAGGUUUGUGGAGCAGCAUCUUCUCCCUGAACCUGCUCGAUGCCUGGAAUCUGUCCCACACCUCGGAGGAGUUUUUCCACAGGUGGACGAGGAAGAAGGUGCAUGACAUUGAAGAUGAGCCGCUCCUGCCUGAAAUCCCCAAAUGUGAUGCUGACAUCCUGGAGACCACAGUAGCGAUUCCUGGGUCUUGGCUAUCCAAUACUUUCCGAGACAUCCUUACCCAUCGGCCCUUCGUGUCUGAGUUCCACAACUUCAUGUUUGGGCUGCAGCUACAUACUGACUACCUCCAGAACAGUCAGUUCUCCAUGUGGAAAGACACGGUGCUGGACCACUUCCCAAACCAGCUGACAGAGUUUGCAAAACACUUGUGCCUGCUAGACACCGCUUUCUUUGUCAACUCCAGCUACCCGCCUCUCCUCAGGCCAGAGAGGAAAGCCGACCUCAUCAUCCACCUCAACUACUGUGCAGGGUCCCAGACGAAGCCCCUGAAACAAACCUGCGAAUACUGCACCACGCAGAACAUCCCCUUCCCCGGCUAUGAGCUCCAGGAUGAGGACGGCAGUCUCAAGGAGUGCUACCUGCUGGAACAUCCCCAGGACCCCGAUGCCCCCAUUGUGGCUUUCUUCCCACUCAUCAAUGACACCUUCCAGAAGUACAAGGCACCGGGUGUGGAGAGGAGCCCUGAGGAGAUGGAGCUGGGCCAGGUGGAUAUUUAUGGCCCCCACUCCCCCUACGCCACCAAGGAACUGACCUAUACGGAGGCUGCCUUUGACAAACUGGUGAAACUCUCUGAGUACAACAUCCUGAAUAACAAAGACAAGCUCCUUCAGUCUCUGAGGCUGGCGGUGGAAAGGAAGAAACGUUUCAAGAACCAGUGUCCUUCCUAAGCCCCUGGCAGCCCGUCCAUCCUGUAUCUGCUUCUCCUGUCAGUGGCCCGGACUCUGUGGCCUGUGCAGGUAGCCCAGCUCUCUAGCCAGCGGUGCAGGCAGGCUUGCCUGGGCUUCCUAUAAAAAGUAACAUUUUAAAAAGGGGAGAGAAACAAAGGAACAUAACCAGGAGCCAUAUUGGGGUUUUAUACUCCUAGGAAUUUAUUUUACCACUUUCCCGCAGGGAAGGCCACAAGCUCCCACGCAUACCUCGAGUGUGAAGAGCAGAAACUGGCUGGUUUCCAAGAAAUUUCAGACUCAGAACAGGAAGUGGAAGCUGUCCAACAGUCCUACCCUCUCUAACUCCUCUUCCUCCUCCCAUGGCAGGCCUAGGGGAAUGCACAGGAAGACUGAAAAGUACUCUGGGUUUCUCUGGAAAAAUACUUUUUAAAUUUUAAGAUAAUAAUUGCAUUCUUAUUAUUUUUAUAAUCAAUAACAUUUUGUGAUUUUUUUUUUUACUUUUAUGAAUCAAGGUAUUAAUAGGAAGCCUAAAGCUAGAAGCUAGGCCAGGUGUCUCUAGAUGGAGAGCUAGAGACAUACUGGUCUCUACCACCAUAAAGCCAAAGAGGUGAUCCACGUUGGUGUAACCUGUCCAGCCACCCUGGGCUGGUGAUACACAUGAUCCACACCAGGCAAAGUAUCCACCUCCAUGAAAUGCCAAGCAAAGCCAAUUCUGCGGCUCAGGCUCACAGACAAGGAUCUGGGAUGCAAUUCAGGGAGGUCUGGGCAGGCCACAGGUAAAUCGCUCCAGGUGGGCCAUGCUGGCCAGCAUGGCUGAUGCUCACUGUUGAACUUGCCCCAGCAUCACUCAGCUCUUACCACCAUAUCACUCUGGCUUCCAGAAGAGAUUAUUUCUUUCUAAGUGUGAUUCCUCUUAUUUAUCAUGUAAACACCCCAAUCAGGACAUCCUAUCUUUUGGCGAUUGACUCAGAACCAAACUAUCAAGGAUGAGCUCAGAAAGGUGAGGAGAGAGAACUCAUCCUGAGAGAUGGCUUCUCACCAAGUUGCUGGAAAAGCCCUAGGACACAGAGAAGCUCAAUCAACAUAAUCAACAUAACCUCUGCAGGCUGGGGACUUCACUGAAGAAAGGUGCAAGCUGAGCCAUGAGGAUGCCUUCACCAGAUAGAAGGUGAAGCCAAAAGGGCAGAAGGACAUGUGGUCCAAGUGAAGCCCAGCAAGCUUGGAAGGCACCACUCUCUUUCUGGACAUCCAUGCUCCUUGAAUAGUCCUCUGGUUGUUGGGAAAGUGGUGAUAAGGUAUCCAAAAUUUAGAAAAAAAUGGGCUCCCAUUUACUUCCUCAUACUCAGUGUGAUGUGGUGUUGGUUAGAAAUGCAGACUCACAGGUCCCACCCAACCAUGAGGAAUGGAAACUGCAUUGCAAGGAGACUCAGCCCCAUCCCCACCCUGCCCAGAUGAUUCUUUGUGUGUUAAAAUUUGGAGCAUGGAUUUAUGCCACUUUCUCCCAUAACCUUGGAAAGCAUGAAUCCAUUGACUCUCUUGAGCCCCUGAUAAACAGGGCUUCUAGACCUGCAAAACUGGUCCCUACCCAGGUGAGGCUAACCUGAAAUGUUGCCCUUUCCUCCACCAGAGCAAGCAGCUAUAGGGAACAGGCUCCCCAGCAAUCAGAACAUACCAAGCUACGGACUUGGUUGUUGUAAGGUGAAGUUAGCCAUGCAUUGAAUUCAUCAGAACAUGCAAAUGAAGUUAAUAAAAUCGUUGUAUUAUUUGAACACAGAAUAAAUGGCCAUGUCGCUAAA